AUGCCGUUCGCUCGCUGCAGCAUGGCAUCACAUGUGACGUUUGCGACAAAUGGCAGCAUCGCACCUGCAAUACAGAAACAGACAAAGAAGCAAGCUGUGUGGCGAUGCAGCGUGCGACGCAAAGCGUUCAUGUGUAGCGCGUCGGUCACGCAAGAGGGUGACAUAUUUCAAGCGAAAGGGACGCACACUCACGCUGCUGACCCUUCGAUGCGGAAGAAAGUUGAAUUGAAACGUAAUUUGAAGACAGAGGCCGUGGCUGAUGUGUUCGCGGCCUCCCGUAGAUUAGUUGAUGACCAUAUGAAAGUUUUCGAGGCCAGAGAUUUUAACCUGCCCAAGCCGCAGACAUUGACGAGGAUCCUCAACCGUGCCAGAGUAAAGCAUCGGCCAACAGAUCCAUCAUCACUUGACUUUGAGGUGGACACAGACUUCAUCGGAGAUGGUUUUCUACGCGGUGAUGUGCGUGUAGACGGGGAACGUCACCUCAUCUUCGCCAGCGACGAUCAGCUGAGCAGACUCCAGCAGUCAAACCGCUGGUUCGUCGACGGCACGUUCCACGUCGUCCGGAAGCCUUUUUAUCAGCUUCUAUCCGUGCACGCAUUCCUACGACACGAGGAUUGUCUGAAGCAGGUGCCUUUACUCUUCGUGUUGAUGUCACGCAGAAGGAAGGUAGACUACCUCGCCGUCUUCCGGCACAUUUUGGGUUUGUGGCGGGAAGAACCACAAGUCCAAGUAUUCGUAAUGGACUUUGAGAUAGGCGCUACGCGAAAUCUUCCCCGCAGCCCAGAUGAAAGGCUGCGUUUUUCACUGGACCCAGGCUGUGCUGCGGCGCAUCAAAUAAGUGGGCCUGAAGACCACGUAUGAGAGACGGGAGGCCGUCCACGCCCUGAUUGGAAAGUUGAUGGCCGUUCCCUUUCUGCCGGGAACUCAUAUUCCGCGUGCAUUCAGCAGGUUGGCUGAACGCGCGACGUCCAUGGAGACGGAAGCGGUGUUCUCCUACAUUCAGUCCACCUGGCUUGACAGUUCAAUCUGGGCACCGGAAGAGUGGUCUGUGUACCGACAGACUGUCAGAACGAACAACGACACAGAAGGUUUGUGAUGCAUUCAGUCUGUCUGUAUAUUGUAUGUUCACUAAAUAUUUUUUGUAAGUACCUUAAAGUGUACGUAAUUUUAUUUUCAUUGUGUUACUAAAGCGAAUUACAAAUUAUAUUGCAUUGUCUUAUUAGUGUUUUGUUUUUAAUGGUGGCACCGUCGGUUGAGUUUGAAGGCAGCCGACCACAAGUGCGCCUUCUAUGUGUUGGUACCUCUCCUGCGGCGCGAGGCCGAGUACCUGCCAGUGCAGGCCCAGCUGGUGCGAGAGGGAACCGGGCGGGUCCGACGCAACGUCUUUGUAAAUCUUGACGAGCAGCUUGGCCAGUUAUGGGAAGAAUACGACCAGCGGGAACUGACCACCGAGGAUUUCCUCACCAAGAUCGGGGAGACGUAUGCCUUCUGAAUCGUCGCCUCUUGAUGAUGAUGAUGAUGAUGAUGAUGAUGAUGAUGAUGAUGAUGAUGAUGAUGAUGAUGAUGAUGAUGAUAAUGCUGGGAUAUAUAAACCUAUCACCACAUGAUGAU